AUGUCUGUCUCCCCUGAAGCGUCAGUGUUGGCCUAUAUAUUUAAGAGGCAUGCAGGUCAUAACCACUCCGACCAUGUCGAAGAGGUUCCACAAUGUGAAGUAGGUAAUAGUUAUGAUGGACAGGACCAUUUGCGUGUUGUAGCAAUUUUUGUCAUUUUAAUUACUUCUGCCAUUGGCACUAUAUUCCCCCUUCUGUCAACAAACUACUCACGUAUUCGUUUACCUAGUUAUUGUUUUUUCUUUGCGAAGUACUUUGGGUCUGGAGUUAUCGUUGCAACAGGAUUUAUUCAUCUGCUUCAACCUGCAAAUGAGAAUUUGAGUAAUGAAUGUUUGGGCGGUGUAUUUGCACAAUACCCAUGGGCCUUUGCUAUUUGCAUGAUGGCUUUGUUCAGUCUUUUUUUCGUUGAAAUUAAUACUCAUCAUUUUGUUCAUAAGUCAAAUCGGUUGGCAGAGAAUGGAAAUGUUUCUGGUAAGAGCCUAAAAGAUGAGGAUUCACAACUGGAUUCCAAAGCAGCGGAUGCUCCCACGAGUGUGUUGGGGCCACCGGGUAAUAAACACUUUAGUCAUGAUGAAUACCAUCAGGAUAUAGAACAAGCGAACGGAUUGGCAACUAAUCCUAAUAAGGAACAGUACUCAAAUCAGCUUAUUUCGCUGUUCAUUUUAGAGUUUGGUGUUGUGUUCCACUCCAUCCUAAUUGGUUUGGCGUUAGCUGUUUCUUCAAGUGAAGAAUUUGUCACUUUAUUUGUUGUUUUGAUUUUCCAUCAGAUGUUUGAGGGACUCGGUUUGGGAACUCGUAUUGCCGAAGCGAGUUGGGGUUCAGGUAAGUCACUUACCCCUUGGUUACUAGCUUUCGGCUACUCAUUAGCCACACCAUUAGCAAUUGCUGUAGGACUUGGUAUUAAGCAUUCUUUUGCACCUGAAUCAAGACAGUCAUUGAUAGUGAACGGAAUUUUUGACGCCAUUUCAGCUGGUGUGUUAAUUUAUACAGGUCUAAUCGAGUUGAUGGCCCAUGAGUUCCUGUUCUCAAAUUCAUUUAAGGGUGAGAAUGGUUAUACUAAAAUGAUGUAUGGCUUUAUCAUCAUGUGUUUUGGUGCAGGAUCCAUGUCCUUGCUAGGCAGAUGGGCAUAA